GUAGGUAAACACCGCAUGAUCUCAUUUUCUGGGGUCUGUCGCACUUCAGAUCUGAUGUGACGUCACCCGGGGGCAUUACAUAAUGCUUUGAGCGAUCAGAGGCUGAGCAGAUGGAGUUUGAACAUCAUCAGCAUUUCCUCCAGGAGGCUGGCGUUUCUCUUCAAGACUUUGGACUUUAUUUGCAUCAGUCGAGCUGUGAUUUGUGUUUCCAGUCCAUUUGUCAGUUUGGAGUUGAAACAUGAGUGCGAGUGGAAACGCGAUGGCGAUGUUCGGGAUGCGUUUAGCGGACGAUCAGAUUAAAGUUCUGGAGGAGAAUUUCACGAAGGUCAGCAAACAUCCCGACGAGACCACGCUGAUGCUGAUCGCGGCGGAGUGCGGGCUGAGCGAAGAGGAGACAGCGAAAUGGUUCAGGAUGCGAAACGCUCAGUGGAGGAAAGCAGAAGGCCUUCCUGCUGAACUGGGAUCAGUGAAGGACUGAGGGAAGAUCUUCAUUCUUCAUGCUUCUUGCUCUUUUUCUCUCUGAUGUUCAGUAGACCUGGAGUUGGAUUUGUUUAAUUUUAUUAAAGUUGUAAUCUUUUGCUCGAAACAUAGUGAAUGUAUGCCAUGUAUUUUUAUUGCCAUAAUAUCUAUCAAAUGUACGUAAAUAAACUAAUGUAAGCAUCUGUAUAUAAAGAAUUACAUCUAUA